AUGGGUUUUGCAGAAGGUUGGAGGCGAUGGAUACGUGCUUGUGUUUGUCAGAGUUCUAUGUCUGUAUUGGUCAAUGGCAGUCCUACGGAGGAGUUCAGUCUUGGUAAAGGAUUGAGGCAGGGUGACCCAAUGUCACCGUUCCUCUUCUUGAUUGUUGCUGAAGGUCUAUCGAGACUUAUGAAUAAAGUGGUUGAAAGCGGCUCUUUUCAUGGUUACAAGGUUAACAAUAAUUUAAUGUUUCAUACUCUAUUUUUGCGCGCAUCUUCGUCUUUUUUGCAUUGUGGUGUGGAUUCUAUCCCUUUUCGCUUUCUUGGCAUACCGGUAGGUGCUAAUCCGAGAAGAAAUGCUAUUUGGCUACCUAUUAUUGAUUCCAUGAAAAAGAGACUGGGUGUUUGGAAUAGUCUUCUUUUAUCUAUUGGAGGGAGAGUCGCUCUAAUAAAUUCAGUUCUUUCUAGUUUACCUCUCUAUUUCUUUUCUUUUCUUAAAGCGUCAGUUUGUGUGUUGAAGGAAAUGGUGAGCAUUCAAAGGAAUAUUUCAUGGGGUGGAGGAAUGGAUAGAUCGAAAAUAUGUUGGGUUAGUUGGGAUAGUAUUUGCCAACCAAAGGAUAAAGGAGGGUUAGACAUAAAAAACUUGGAGUCAUUUAAUGAUUCGCUCUUAUGUAAAUGGAAGUGGCGGUGUCUGAAUGAUUUGUCUGCUUCUUGGUUCAAUCUUUUGCAUUUUCGUUAUGGAUCUUUUGCAGCUAAUUUCUUAUAUGGGGAAGGGAGGGAGGGUCUCAAACAUGCUUCAAUUUGGUGGCGGGAUAUGUGGAAAACAGGAGGCGCGGAGGAAGAGGGUUGGUUUGUUAAUAAUAUUAGUAGCAUUCUCGGCGACGAUAACAAUAUAGCUUUUUGA